UGUUUGGUCAGUUUGGUGGAACUCUUGUUUGUGAGCGUUUAGCUUUCCGCCAUCUUGCCUGCAAGCCAUUGGGAAUCGGUUUACGAUCUACGUUUGUUUAGCAAUACAUUGUAGGAAGAUCUGUGAAUAAUGUCAGGACGUAGUGAGUGUCGUAUUUAUGUUGGGAAUCUUCCUCCUGACAUACGCACCAAAGAUAUCCAGGACCUGUUUUAUAAAUUCGGCAAAGUUACAUUCGUUGAUUUGAAAAACCGCAGAGGACCACCGUUUGCAUUUGUUGAGUUCGAGGAUCCCAGAGAUGCUGAAGAUGCGGUACAUGCUCGAGAUGGAUAUGACUACGAUGGUUACAGGCUGAGAGUGGAGUUCCCCCGUGGAGGAGGUCCAAGUGGGUUCCGAGGCAGCCGAGGAGGCAAUGGUGGGAGCAUGGGACGAGGACGAGGACCUCCAGCCCGCAGAUCUCAGUAUAGAGUUCUCGUAACAGGUUUGCCUCCUUCUGGUAGUUGGCAAGAUUUGAAAGACCACAUGCGGGAGGCUGGGGAUGUCUGCUUUGCUGAUGUCUACAAGGACGGUACAGGUGUUGUAGAGUUCCUACGUUUUGAUGACAUGAAGUACGCCUUUAAGAAGUUGGAUGAUUCUCGGUUCAGGUCACACGAGGGUGAAACGUCUUAUAUCCGAGUGAAAGAAGAUUACAGCGGUAGUAGCGGGAUGCGAGACAGCAUGGACCGCGGAGGCAGUGUGAGUCGCCACUCUAGAAGCCGUAGCUACUCACCCCGCCGCCGUGGUUCACCCACAUACUCACCGGUCCGCCGCAGCUACUCCCGUUCCAGGUCUCGCUCCUGAACACAUUGUAAGAUUCAAUCACUAACUGUAUGAAGAAUUUUUCUUCAUGUUAAAUAUCAUCUGUCGAUGAUCUUAGUUGAACUAAUUACUAUUGUAGCUUUUUUUAUUCAGUGGUAGUUAUUUCCAUACACAUAAUAUAAAUGUGCGUUUUGUUUCUUUAAAGGUCUACAGGAGGACUUGUUUAACUAAUAGUUUUAACUAUGUUUAACAAGUAUUAUUUUAACUUGUAUUUUUACUGGCCUAAAGUGAAAUAUUUUAUUCCAAUACUGAAGGUUGUGUGUUAAUUCAGAAAUUUUCGUGUUGUGACAUUCAGCAUAAGUUUGACUUAUGUACAAUGGAAAUUUGUAUUUUUUAAUUAGCCCUAGAAACUUGUUGUAAUAUUUUAUGCAUGUUAAUGUUUUAUUUAUAGUAAAACUUCAGAUUGAGAAUAAGUUUGUAAUAUUUUAAGCAUAUUAAUGUUUUAUUUAUAGUAAAACUUCAGUAUAAGUUUAUAAUAUUUUAAGUUUUAUUUGUAGUAAAACUUCAGAAUCAUAAUAAGUUUAUGUAGUUUUAUGUUUUAGAAUUUAGAACAUACGUUCCAUUUUUAAAAUUUUUUUUUAUUUACUGUUAUUUCAACUUAAUGAUUAUUCUAAACUGAGUUACACAUUUUGAAAAUGUAUAUAAAGGAAAAUAAUUUGCUUGUUUUAUAUUUAAUGCAAGACCUACAAUAGUUUUAUUUCCAGUCAACGGUUAUUGUAUUUUGUAAUGAAUCUUUUGGAACUGUUGAUUUCUUGACAGGCUGGAACUUUAUUAGAUAUAUUGAGUGCAUAUAUAUAUUGGUAUAAGAACUAAAGAACAAUUGACUAUUGUAUUUUCUUUAUGUUUGUGUAUAAGCUACAUUUGUAAAAAUAUAAGUGUGAAUUAUUUGUACCAAAAAAAUAAAUUAUAUUCAUGAAAA